CUCUUGAGAGCGAGCGCGCGUCGCUUUUACGCACGAAUCUCUCUCUCUCUCUCCACCCGAAGCCCGCUCUUUGGAGAGGAAAGCAUACAUAGGAGAUUCAGGGUCGGCGCGUGUAUUGCGGAAGGAGGUUUGGUGCUUUCUCUCUCUCUCCCCCCCCCCAGCGCUUUUUACCCCAGUGCUUUCGAGAUCGCCUUCCCUUUGCAAUCGGAUCUGCCCCCUCCCCACAGCCCGACGCCCUACAAGCCCCACCUCUUGGGGAAAGGCGGAGGGGGGAGUAGAGAGUGAGCGGAAAGUGUGGAGAGGUGGGUUCGUCGGAGGCACAAAUCGGGGAGAGAGAAAGUGGAAAACAGAGAGAGCGACGGCAAGGAAAAGACUGGACAGAAAGAGAAGCUGCCACGCCGCUUUCGGACAUGUGUACCGGAGGGGCGGUGAUCGCUGGAAUUGUUAUUUAUUUAUUUUGAAUCAGCAACUUUAGAAGGAGUGGAGGACAUUGGCCGUCCCUGCGAUCGUGGUCGGAAACAGCGGCUGUCGCAGAGGGAGAAAAAAACCGUCCGGAGGACUUAAAGACGAAAAAUAGCCCUCACCAACUUAAGCGUUCUCUCCUCGGUGCAGUAAGUUUGCUUGCGGAUGGGGGAGUAAAACGCCGAGAGGGUCCUCCUCUCCAGCGUCCCCCUCCCCGGCCCACCUCCACCUUUGCCCUACCGAGUUUGGAAACUGACCGGGAUGGACUUCGCCAGGAAGAUCUCGCCGGUUUUGAUGCAAAGCUCUUAACCGGAGUUGAAGGGGACAUAUUUUGGGGGGUGAGGGUGAGAAGGACUUGCUAUGCUGCAGCCCCCUGAGGAGUGGAUUGGAUGUCUCCCCUUCUGGGGGGGCUCCUGGCGAAAGUUGGGAGCGAUGGUGGCCGAGGAAGGGGCUUCAGGACAGCUGAUUUGAUCGCCACCUCCACCAGCAGAUAUUCUCCUUCCAGAUAUUGUCCAAGAAGCGGGCACAGCAACGUGGUCGGCUGGCUCCAGGGUGAUCAGCAUGGGUGCAUCCUGGAGAAGCUUCGGAGGGACUCUGGGCAUCAUCUUGCAGCUGGUCUGUACCUGCUUUGGCAUCAGCUCCAUUGAUAUUGACCGGCCUGGGGAUGGCAGGUGCCAGCCCAUCGAGAUCCCCAUGUGCAAGGACAUUGGCUACAACAUGACCAGGAUGCCCAACCUGAUGGGGCACGAGGACCAGCGUGAGGCGGCCAUCCAGCUCCACGAGUUUGCCCCCUUGGUGGAGUACGGCUGCCACGGCCACCUCAAGUUCUUCCUCUGCUCCCUCUAUGCCCCCAUGUGCACCGAGCAGGUCUCCACCCCCAUCCCGGCCUGCCGGGUGAUGUGCGAGCAGGCCAGGCUCAAGUGCUCGCCCAUCAUGGAGCAGUUCACCUUCAAAUGGCCUGACUCCCUGGACUGCAGCAAGCUGCCCAACAAGAACGAUCCAAACUACCUGUGCAUGGAAGCCCCCAACAAUGGCUCUGAAGAGCCCCCAAGGGGCUCCAGCAUACUGCCCCCUAUGUUCCGGCCCCAGAGACCCGAGAGCACCAACCAUGAUCUGCAGCAGCAGCAGCACAAGGAUGGCCUUGGGCGGACGACCUGUGAGAACCCUGGCAAGUUCCACCAUGUGGAGAAGAGUGCUUCCUGUGCCCCACUCUGCACUCCCGGGGUCGACGUCUACUGGAGCCGCCAUGACAAGCAGUUUGCCAUCAUCUGGAUUGCUGUCUGGUCCAUCCUCUGCUUCUUCUCCAGCGCUUUCACCGUCCUCACCUUCCUGAUAGACCCCCAGCGCUUUAAGUACCCCGAGAGGCCCAUCAUCUUCCUGUCCAUGUGCUACUGUGUCUACUCGGUGGGAUAUAUCAUCCGCCUCUUCUCUGGGGCCGAGAGCAUCGCAUGCGACCGGGACAGCGGCCAACUCUAUGUAAUCCAGGAAGGCUUGGAGAGCACCGGAUGUACCCUUGUCUUCCUUGUUCUGUAUUAUUUCGGCAUGGCCAGCUCGUUGUGGUGGGUGAUCUUGACUUUAACUUGGUUCCUGGCUGCUGGGAAAAAAUGGGGACAUGAGGCCAUCGAGGCCAACAGUAGCUACUUUCACUUGGCAGCCUGGGCCAUCCCAGCAGUGAAGACCAUCAUGAUCUUGGUGAUGCGGAGGGUGGCUGGGGAUGAGCUGACAGGCUUAUGCUAUGUGGGAAGCAUGGAUGUGAACGCCUUGACUGGAUUUGUGCUGGUGCCUCUGGCUUGCUACCUAAUCAUAGGCACCUCUUUCAUCCUCUCUGGCUUUGUGGCCCUCUUCCAUAUCAGGAGGGUGAUGAAAACUGGUGGGGAAAACACAGACAAACUGGAGAAGCUCAUGGUCAGGAUUGGGGUCUUCUCAGUCUUGUAUACCGUGCCCGCUACUUGUGUCAUUGCUUGCUACUUUUAUGAGAGGCUGAACAUGGAUUACUGGAAGAUCUUGGCCAUGCAACAGAAGUGUAAGGUGAACAACCAGACAAAACACUUGGACUGCACAAUGAGCGAUUCUAUCCCAGCAGUGGAGAUUUUCAUGGUCAAAGUCUUCAUGUUGCUGGUUGUGGGGAUUACCAGCGGCAUGUGGAUCUGGACCUCCAAGACCCUCCAAUCCUGGCAAAGCGUUUGCAGCCAGAGACUCAAAAAGAGGACUCGAAGAAAGCCUGCCAGUGUGAUUGCAAGUAGUGGACUUUACAAAAAGCCCAAAGGUCACCAUGCAAAAUAUGAGCCAGCUUUGCAACCCCCUACCUGUGUGUGAGCAGAAUGUAUAAAAAUAACAACCACCAUAAAUUUUAGGAGGGCAAUAUGUAACCCACUUAAAAAGACUCACAAGUGCUCACAUUAGUACUCAGACGUAAAUAAUAAUAAUGGAUAAAAUUGUGCUUUUAACUCUUCUUUUGUCAGAUAAAUUAAGGGGGAAAUUGAAAUAUUGAAAGUCAAGGUUUGGGGAUCAAACAUUAGGAUGAAGAUACUCGGGGAAAGUUUUUAGUGCAACCAAUACUGACAAUAUCUGGGUCCUUUCAAAAAAUAAUUUGUUUUAAUAGCUUGCUGUUUCAGCCCUCCUGGGUUAAAAGCUGUAUGUAAUGAUUUUUAGCGAAAAUUGGUUUGCAUUUAGAGUUCUAACCAGGUAGAGUUAGGAUUUAUAGAGCAAUGAUUUAAAAAAAAAAAAACUUGAAAGAGAAUUGUGUCCUUUUAGGUAACCAGCCCUUUGAGAGCAGCUUAUGUUCAAUCGGCACAUCAUCUUUUGAAAACAACUUCUGUUCUAACUUUAAGAAAUUCUUUUACCAAACCGCGUUUCAUCCUACCUGCUGGGCACGGAAUUUCUGAAAAUAAGUUCAGUGCAAAAGGUUCACCCCUGCUCAGUCACUGAAGUGAAGUCCUGCGUCAGACCCAAACUUUAGUAAAUAAAAAUGGUGUGCAAUACAGGUUAUCCUCCCUCCCCCCCCAAUCCUUGCCAUGACAUGGUAGAGAAACAAGUGUUUUGCUGUACAUAAAGGCAACAAAAGGGAUCCCUAAACAAAAGAACGAAGGGGUUUAGUCCUUAGAAACCCUUUUAGUGUUACUUUUUUGUGGCUUUUUAAUGGAAAUCAGACACGUUUGGACUGAUUUGUGGAAAAAGAAAAGGGGGGAGGGGAUCAAUUGCAAAAGAUCCAAAGGGGCUUAUUGACUCUUGCUAUUGUUAAACAAAUUUGGAUGCUGAAUAGAUCAAGAAGCACUAGAUUUUUUGCAAAGGGAAACUGUGUCUCAACCUAUGCCCUUUGCUGCAAAGGAGAGGCACAAAUUUAUUUGUGCCGUGUGUGUGUAUGUGUGUGUGUCAGAGAGAGAGAUGGAGAAAGUGUGUGUAUAUAUUAUACAUAUUUGUAAUAUACAAUUAUUUUUCAUGCCCUGCUAUUUUAUUAAAUAAUAAUAAUAAAAUAUGUCCUUUAGUUUGAUGAUAAUGUAAGAGU